CCAGCUGGUGAUAGGUCAUAGGUCGUCAAAAUGGCUUCCAAAACAGAUUGGUCGGAUUGCCUCAAAAUUUCAGCAAUUUUCUACACUUUGACUCUUAAUGUGAAAUCAGUUGAAGCAUAUUACUGUGAUAAUGACAGGUGCACAGAAGAGGAGUAUUGCUGUGGAGAUAAUGUCUGCUGCCCUUCCUACAAAGUUUUGGACCUCUGGUAUUUAUGGUGUGGGAUCCUUUUCUUCAUGUUCUUACUCUCACUUUGCACCUGUCUUUGGAGGUACAGAUUUUUGUCGAGAGGAGCUGUCAUAAUCAGAGGUUACACAUAUACCCCUCUCCAAGAAAUGGAUGCAGUGGACACAAGGCCUGAUGCUCCUGUGGGAAGGUAUGCAAGAGGUUUUGACAAACCUGCACAGCCGCCUGUUGGUACCCCGCCCCCUUACAGUCAAGUUUCAGCCAGCAAUGUGAAAAUUUCCACCCCGCCACCACCGUACGCCCAGGUUGUGGGAAUGAGAGAUUCUCAUUAGCCCUGUCCUAUAGCAAAGAGAUUAUUGUUGUGUUUUUUUUUCUUCUAAUUUUGGUAUGUUGCAAUUGAAAAUGGAUUGAUGGGACUUCUGCUGUAGUGGAAAAUGUAUUUCCUGCCGUGUAUUGUAGAAGGAAGAAGACAAAUACUAGAAUCAUAAGAGCCAGGUACUUUUUAUUCCAAUCAGUAAUGUUUCGAAUUUUUACAAGUUAUAGAGUUUAGAAAAUGUGAAAUGAUAUUGUACAAAAGAUCGAAUGGUGUCUGCUGUAAAAGAAAUCUGGAACGAAAUCGAGACACUCCUUUAUGAAACACUAUUCAAAAUUCAGAUGCAUUUUGACUGCUUAAACUUAUUGUAAGACUCCACCACAUGCCAUUUUAAAAGUGAUGUGUGAUGGGGUCCCACACUGAGCAGUCAAUUUCUUCAUAUUGUUUAGAUUUGUUUGUUCUCACCGUAUGUUAAAUUUGACUGACUACUCCUCAGGAUCACUGUUUGAAUAUCUCAGUUUACUUUCUUCUUGUCUUGUGAACUCAAAAGGGUAUUUUCUUUCUCCUUUUUUAAUAACGCCGUAAGUGGAUUAUUAAAAAUGUACCUCUGAACUGAAUAUUAUUACCACAGGAAAAUGGAAGACUUUGGUUUGAUGAAACAUUGCAUUUUUAAUAAUAAACAAGAAUCAAAAGUGCAUCGUGAAACUUUCGAAUUCGAAUACAUGUUGCAGUAAGCUGUAAGGUUUGUCUGAUGAAUUGUGUGGCUAUCGGGCACCAUUGCCUGGCCCACUGCUUCACCCUAAUUCACAUUUAUCUCAGGGCUGCCCAUCAUUACCAUUUUGGCGGAAUCCUUAUGAUUUUUAUUCAGUUUUACGAAAAUAUGAUCGUAUGAUUUAGAUUUUUUAAAAAUUUCGGCAACCUCAGCCCACUGCCAACCUUCCUGAUGUAUAAGGGGAUAAAAAUUACCAGUCCCAUACAAUCUACGUCACAACGUCAUGUGCAAACUUUAACAUCCUCUUUGUAUUGAGCCAUUGUAGUUGCUCAGUGCCACUUUGCCCUUAGAAAAACAUUAGACUAAGACUGGAAGUGCCAAAGCCAGGAGUAAGGCAGACAUUAGAUUGACAAGGUGUUCUAGGCUAUAAUUUCUGCCCCUUUGUGUUGUCGGUGACAGCCUAGGCCAAUGAGGGAAUUUUUUGGAAAAAGAUAGAUCACUGUUUGAAACUUUAAACAGUUAGCUAUGGUGGGUGCGAGGCAUGAUGUGUUGUGAUGCACAAUCAGGAUUAAAGGCUUGUGACGUAUUCUGUAGUUGUAAAUUUUUCUUUUGUUUUUGCAAGCAGUAAACGCUUUUUAAAAAUAAUUUGACAAUGACAGCCGAGCGAGACCUUUUUUUCAUCACGCAUUUAUUUAUGUUACAUCCCUGGGAAGAAGACUAUCCAUGGUCAUACUUUGAAUUUUAAAGCCAGAUUAAUAAUUUUGUACUUGUUGGUUAUUAAAAUAAUUUCUGAUGGGUGGGCAGCCCUGUAAUCUCCUGCAAUAAUUUUAUUUAUGUGUGAUUUUUUAUCUGUUUGUGUACCAAUAUUUAAGAAGAUUGACUACACUACAAGUUCAAACCAGAAUAAAAGUUGGUUUUAUUUAAGGUUGCUUUUUUUUUUUCUUUUGAAAUAUAGUCCGAGAUUGUUUUGUCAGUAUGACUCUCUAUUGAAAACAACAUUUCAGUUAUCCCUCAAGUGCAGAUGUAGCGCUGCAUUCUUGUAUCAAGAAGUUUUGGAAGUGCUUUUCAUCUUUUCUUUCUUUCUAUGGCCUAUUAAGUCCUCUCAUAUUAUAUCCAAGGGCCCGUGACUGAAUGGAAGAGGGUGCUAAUCAUCCUUCAGGUGCAGAAAGUGUGUUUGGCAAUAAUUCAUCUUAAUACUUCAUUAAAUUUCUGAAUGUAAUGUAUUCAGUAUAUAUAUGUAUGGGUCACAGACAUCAUUUUAUCAGAAAAUGCAGUGGUCUUGUGUGCACAUCUUUUUUACCGCACGGUUUUGGGUGAUUCAAAAAAUGAAGUCUCACUUUCUAAUAUUUUCAUUACAUCAACAGACCUUUCAAAGUUUCUCUAAAAAUAUUUAUAAAGUAAUGUUUUUACAUCAAAGAAAUAAAACUGAAAGUAAUUGAUCAGGCAUAGUUACUUUUCUUGAGGGUAAUUUUACUGCAAAUGCUGUCGGUGGUUGGUAUUUUUAAAGUCUGUGUUUUCAUUUUCUGAUUUUCAUUUGCUUGUCCAAGUUGUCCAUUGAUAUAAACAUUUUGCUGUUACUUUUGUCUUUCUUUUAAUGCUUUUAAAAUAUUUGGUUCUGUUUUUCAUUAUUUUUCAUGUUUGUCGAGUGCUGUUUGGAAAAUGAACGUUUUUAAAACUUUAUGGAGAUUAAGUUGUAGGACAAAAGAAAAUAUAUUCUAUACCACUUUUUUUUUUCUGCUUGCAUCUGCAAGUUUUUCUCCAUUCCACUUUUCAUUUCUGGUUGAUCAAGUCUUUCAAUUCUUUUUAUUGAAAUUUGAAAGUGGUAUAUUUUGUCUAUGUUUUUUUUUUCUUGUUCCUCUCUUCAUCUGUUUUGACACUCGCCAAAUUGAACUUUAAUUUCUACUGUUGGUCAGCUGUGAAUGCCAUAUGCUAUAAAGUUGAAGGUGUUAAUAUUUUGUUAUAAUUUCAACUUUAUAUUCCUGUGAAAAGGACUUUCAAGAAGUUGUCUCCGUCGGUGUUCUGCUUGACACAUCCUCGUGAAAUUGAAAGCUCUGGGUGUCUACCUUCUCUUCUUGACUGCUCUUUCAUAGAAAAAUUGUGUUUUAUGACCACAGCUCCCACCACUGGAAACUUCACACAAAGUGGUCCCGAAAAUCUUCCCCAGUUAUUUUUAAAGUGCUAUCUAUAUUUGUGUUUGGUUUUUACUGAAAUUUAUAAAGCAAGCUCCUCAUUAAUCAUACUGUUCAUACGAACGGUACAUAGUAAUAAUAACAAUAAUAACAUUUGACAUUUAUAUAGUAGGCCUACUCAACCUCAAUCACAAAGCGCAGGCUCUGAGUGCUUUGUACCAUUUUGUUUUAAUC